AUGUCUGUUAGCGAUAACUCUACCUUGGACGUGUCGCAUGACAAUGAUGGGUUGGGAGGAUAUGCGUAUGGUACGGGAGACCUAGCAGUCAGUCCUGAAGAAGUCUCCCCCUAUGCAACCACGCAGAUGGUCUCACUGGAAGUUGGACCAGAAGCAACUCGCUUCCUCGUCCACGACAGCGUCUUGAGCCGAAGCGAGGUUCUUGCCGCGAAGUCCUAUCCAUUGGCCUUCGUCAAGCAGUCCGUACUUCUCCCGGAGCUGGAUUUGAACACAGCACACACUCUGGUGCACUACCUGUACACCGGCAAAUACCAGAGCCUCAACAUACUGGCGUCGUCUGACAAAGUCAUACCCGAAGUCUACAAGCUGGGGGCAGGUGUAUACUGUGCUGCUGCUCGCUACAAGCUACCCGGCCUUGCUGAGCUGGCCCAGAACAAGCUGAAGUCCCUCGAUGAAGAGAUGAGCAUUUUCGAUAUCCUCACUGUAGCGAGAGACCAUGCUUUCCCUUUGCUACCGGAGGAUGAUCUGUGGUAUCCGAGCUAUGUUGAACAAUCGCUCAACAACGCUAUGGCGGACGAUCCUGAGCCGUUUCGGAAGCCAGACUUCAUUACGACGGUGGAGGGCAACAGCAGGCUUCUACAACUCGUCUGGAAGACUGUGAUGAGCAACUACGCUCGAGCGCCUGCGACGCCGGUUGUCAGUAACGAAGAAGCCACUACUCCAACAGCUGAGCUUGUGCCGGAGCUCAACGAGUCGGUCGGUGGUGAAGCCGAUGUCCCUACAACUGCGCCCCCCAAGGAGCAACACGUAGAAGAGACCGCAACGAAACCUGUGUCAGCGCCUGUUCCAAAGGAUGUCCUUGAGGAAGCACCAGUUUCGAACGAAGCAAUCGUUUCGAAGCCCACUGAAGAAGUCGCACCGAAGCUUGAAGAAGCUCAACCAGUAGAGAAGCCAUCAACGCUCGAGCCCUUCACGGAUGAGCUGGACUUCAAGUCCUCAAAGACGUACCAGCAGAUGGGCAACAGGAAGCCAGAACAGGUCAAUACCAGUGAUACCGUCUCAGAGACAACCAAAGCUCCUGUUCACGUACGCUCAGACUCGGUGAUGCAGGCCGAGCCGCCCUCGAUAACUCCUGUCGAUGGUGAGACAAAGACCGAUGGUGUUGCGCAAGCGGAAGAAGGGACUGAGCGAGCAUUGGCCGAGCUAGAGGAAUUGAAAGCACUUGGAGCGCCAGGAAGUAAGAAGAGCAAGAAGAAGGCUAAGAAGGUCAAGUUGGCUGCUAUGGAGUAG